AUGAAGUUCUUCAUCCUCCUCGCCAUCGUCGCCUCGGCCGCUGCCGUGCCCGCCAUUGUCUCCACUGGCAACUCUGCCGUCUCCCGAUCCGAUGACGGUCUCGGUAACUACGCCUUCGGUUACAACGAGGACCACGCCACCGGCGGUACCUUCCGCAAGGAGCAGGGCGGUCCCGGAGUGCAGAUUGGCUCGUACGGUCUCCGAGAUGCCGAUGGUCGUGUGCGAACUGUCAACUACGUUGCCGAUGCCCUCGGAUACCGAGCCUCGAUCAGCACUAACGAGCCCGGUGUGGACCCCGCCCAGCCCGCUGCCGCCACCACCCUCAACGGAGCCGCUCCCCUGGCCCCAGCUGUUGCCGUCGCCCCCGUGGCCGCCUACGCCGCCCCAGUUGUGAAGUCCUACGCUGCCCCAGUGGCCGCCUACGCCGCCGCCCCGGUCGCCUACGCCCCCCAGAUCGCCGUGGCUGCCCCCAUUGCCUCCUCGUACGCCUCCUCGGUUCAGCACGCCUCCAUCGCCGCCCCGGCCGUCUACGCUGCCCCAGUGGCCGCCUACGCCGCCCCGGUCGCCUACGCCAAGUCGUACGCUGCCCCACUCGUCUCCUCCUACUCGGUCCAGCACGGUCCAGUCGGAUAUGCCGGCAAGAUCUACUAA